GUGAGGAGAUGCUGUCGUGGCUGAGGGCGCUGCGGGGGUUCCCCCACCCGUUCGCUCUCACUAUCAUUCUGCCAAUCCUUCUGCUGCUGCCACUGCCCAUCGCCAUAAAGACCACGGAAGCCUACUGUGGAUUCAUCGUGCUCCUGAUGGCCGUGUACUGGUGCACCGAGGUCAUCCCUCUAGCCGUCACUGCCAUCCUUCCCGCUCUCCUCUUCCCGUUGUUCGGAAUCAUGACGUCCAAGGAUGUGAGCAAGCAGUACAUGAAAGACACCAACAUGCUCUUCCUUGGCGGGUUGAUGGUGGCGGUGGCCGUGGAGACCUGCAACCUCCACAAGCGCAUCGCACUGCGGGCCCUCCUCUUCGUUGGCGUCCGGCCCGCUCUGUUGAUGAUGGGCUUCAUGGGCGUGACGGCGUUCCUCUCCAUGUGGAUCAGUAACACGGCCACCACCGCCAUGAUGGUGCCCAUCGCCCAGGCCGUGCUGGACCAGCUCGACACCACCGCGCCACCGGUGGGAGAUCCAGAGCCGGGACAGGGAGAGACUGCCGGAGAGCAGGAACUGGAGGAGAAGGAUGCCACAGAUGAAGAGAAUCAACCAGCUCUGAUCUCUCCAGUGGUGCAGACUCAGGACGCUGACGUGGAGCGGGAGGUGGAGGUGGAGGUGUCUGCGGUCCCGCACAGCGAUGCGCAGAAAGAGCAGCAGCGGCUACGGAAGAUGCUCUCCCUGUGCGUCUGCUACUCCGCCAGUAUCGGGGGCACGGCCACUCUCACCGGCACCGGCCCCAACCUGGUGAUGAAGGGGCAGUUCAGCCAGAUCUUCCCCGAAAGUGGAGAUAUAAUCAACUUUGCCUCCUGGUUUGGCUUUUCCUUCCCGAACAUGCUGAUCCUGCUGACCUGCUGCUGGCUCUGGCUGCACCUGCUGUUCCUGGGAGUGAACUUCCAGAGUUGUCGUAGGAAGAACUCGCCGGUGGAGCAGGCGGCCUACGGCAUUAUCCAGGAGCAAUACCACAACCUGGGUCACAUGUCCUUCGCUGAGAAGCUUGUCCUCAUCCUCUUCGUCCUGCUGGUGACCCUCUGGUUCACCAGGGACCCCGGCUUUGUGCGCGGCUGGGGCUCCCUCUUCAACAAGAAAGGCAAGAAGUAUGUCACUGACGCCACAGUGGUGAUGUUCAUCACGUUCCUCAUGUUUAUAAUGCCGUCUCAAAGGCCACGGCUCAAGGGCUGGGCCUGGAAGAGGACAGUGGAGGCUGAGCCAGGCAUUGACUCCAGGGAGCGGAAGGAUCACCGCUCUGGCCGACUGUUGGAAUGGAAAGAGGUCCAGCGGAAGCUGCCCUGGAAUGUGGUGCUGCUGCUGGGAGGAGGCUUUGCCCUGGCCAAAGGAUGUGAGGCAUCGGGCUUGUCCUUGUGGCUGGGCAGACAGCUGCUGCCGUUGAAGAACCUGCCGCCGUGGGUCAUCGUUGCCCUGCUCUGCAUGCUCAUUGCCAGCUUUACCGAGUGCUCCAGUAACGUGGCCACUGCCAGCCUCUUCCUGCCCAUCCUGGCCUCCAUGGCCGUCUUGAUCAAGUUGAACCCUCUCUACGUCAUGAUCCCAGGUACUCUCUGCACCUCCUUCGCCUUCAUGUUGCCAGUGGCCACUCCGCCAAACGCCAUCGUCUUCUCCUACGGCCACCUCCGGGUGACCGACAUGGUCAAGGCGGGGUUUGUUCUCAACCUGGUCAGUGUGGUGUCGGUCACCGUGGCCAUCAACACCUGGGGCCGUCUCAUGUUCCAUCUCGACACAUUCCCUGCUUGGGCCAACGUCACUAACUUCGCGUGACCGGCAGCAGGGAGACGGCUGCCGUGGACGUCACUACCCGCCAGUUGCUUCCGACAGUCUGGUUAAUGGCGGGAGGCCCGGGGACAAGGCUACGUGGAGCGUGUGGAUGGUGGUUGGUGUGGGGUGUCUCGACUCACUGUCAGUGCUUGAAUUUACAUGAAUAAAACAAAGUUAGUGCACCCGGGCAUGUCUGUCAGCCUGCAAUCCUCUCGCUGCAUUUCACACAGCCGUGAUUCAUUGAAUGAUACAGCAUAGAGGCAGGCCCUUCAGCCUACCCAGCCCCUGCUGACCAUCGAUCAUCCAUUUAGUUAAACCACUUGUGCCUCCAUGUACUCACACAAUUUAUAGAGGGCCAAUUAACAUACAUACCCACACGUCUUUGGAAUGUGGGAAGAAACCUGAGCACCCGGACGAAACCCAUGCAGUGUGCCUCACAGCACCAGUGACUCUGGUUCGAUUCUGACCUCAUAAACUGUCUGUGUGGAGUUUGCAUGUUCUCCCUGUGACCCUCUGUAUUUCCCCCGGGUGCUCCAAUUUCUUCCCACAUCCCAAAGACUUGCGGACUUAUAGGUUAAUUGGCCCUCUGUAAAUCGUGUAGGGAGCGGAGGCAAAGGUUUGUAGCUUAAUUGUCCUCUUUAAAUUGUCCCUCGUGUGUAGGGAGUGGAUGGGAAAGUGGGUUCACACAGGAGUAGUGUGAAUGGGAUGAUCGAUGGUCGGUGGGUUAGCUGUCGGCUGUGGAUAGCCCUUAGUGUGGGUGAUGGAUGGAAUUUGGCAGGAGAUUGAAUGAUUGAAUGAAAUGUUACCAUCAUGUGACAGGUCAGUGAAAUUCUUUGUUUUGCAAAGCAUGCACAAAGUAUGCAAAGAGUCGACAGUUACAAUGAGAUGAUGGGAAUGUGGGGAGAAUUUUUUUAAACGGUAUGAAUUAGGAUUGGUGAAUGGUUUUAGUUUUAGAGACACAGCGCGGAAACAUGCCCACCGAGUCCGCACCGACUAGCGAUUCCUGCACACUAACAUUAUCCUACACACACCAGGGGCAAUUUACAUUUGUACCAGGCCAAUUAACCUCCAAACCUGUACCUCUUUGGAGCGUGGGAGGAAACCGAAAAAUUCGGAGAAAACCCACACGAUCACAGGGAGAAGUGUAUUGGCAGCACGCGUGGCCAGGAUUGGACCUGGGUGUCCUACGGUGUACGGCAGCAACUCUACCCCCAGCCGCCCCCAGAGUGAUCGAUGGGCAGCGUGGGCUGACCAGCCUGAAUCCGUGCUGUCGCUCUGCCAGUGGUUCUUUAUGUGUACAGUCAGUCCCCCAAAGCCCAUUGCUGCUCGUUUACCCUGCGCUCAGCCCCCCCUGAGGGGGAAGUGCAGUCAAUCUCUGGGGGGUUGUUGGCGAACUCUCCCAUCCUCAUCCGUCACUGUGCUGAAGGGUAGAGACUGAGCUCCCCCAGGUCGAGCGCUUGUCACACGCACAAGACCAAUCCUCAGACAGACGUUGUCUGCAGCAGGUCUGAAAACAAGCCAAGGGUUGUUUACCAAGUGUCCAGGUCUGCUAUAAUUAAUUGAAGGAUACCACAUGGAAACAGGAUCACGGACAAUAGACAGUAGAUGCAGGAGUAGGCCAUUUGGACCUUCGAGCCAGCACUGCCAUUCACUGUGAUCAUGGCUGAUUAUCCACAAUCAGUACGCCGUACCUCAUAUCCCUUUACUCUGCUUUCUUUAAGAGCUCUAUCUAACUCUUUUGAAAGCAUCCAGAGAAUCGGCCUCCACUGCCUUCCGAGGCAGAGAAUUCCACAGAUUUACAACUCUGGGUGAAAAUUUAUUUCAUCAUCUCCGUUCUAAAUGGCCUAACCCUUAUUCUUAAACUGGUGCCGCUGGUUCUGGGUUCACCCAACAUCGUGAACAUGUUUCCUGCCUCUAGCGUGUCCAAUCCCUUAAUAAUCUUCUAUGUUUCCAUGACAUCGCCUCUCAUCCGUCUAAAUUCCAGUGUAAAGCUCAGUCGCUCCACUCUUUCAACAUAUGACAGUCCCACUAUCCUGGGCAUUAACCUUGUGAACCUACACUGCACUCUCUCAAUGGCAAGAAUGUCUUUCCUCAAAUUUGGAGGCCAAAACUGCACACAAUACUCCAGCUGUGGUCUCACCAGGGCCCUGUACGACUGCAGCAGGACCUCUUUGCUCCUAUACUCAACUCCUCCUGUUCUGAAGGCCAACAUGACAUGAGACGCACUAAUGCUCCUCCACCAGGCCAAGGCACCGGCCCUUAGGGAAGCCUGUCAAAGCGGUUUGCGUGUGAGUAACUGCAGUGCCUGCUGUAGCCCGUGCACACUGCAGCUGCUGCACCCAGUGGAGGGAAUGGGGCAACUCACAAACCAUUGGAGGAACUCUGUCUCCACAAGAUGGCACUGUGGCACGGCUGGUAGACUUGUUCCCUCACAGCGCCUGGUACACCGGUUCGAUCCUGACCCCGGGCACUGACUGUGUGGAGUUGUCACUUCCUCCCUGUGACUGCAUGGAUUUCCUCCCACAUCCCAAAGAGGUGCGGGUUGUUCUCCAUAAAUUGCUCCUUGUUAUCAGGAAUGGAUGCACAAAAUGGGAUAACAUAGAGCUGCGAAUGAUGGUUAGUAUGGACUUGUGGGCUGAAGGGUCUGUUUCCAAUUGGAGAAUUGGGACCAUUCAUCAAUGUGAAGAAGAGUCCCCACCUGAAACAUUAUCUACUUCCAUCCACAGAUGCUGUCUGGCCUGCGGAGUUCCUCCAGCACUUUGUGUUUUGCUCAAGAUUCCAUCUUGUGCAGUUCCUUGUGUCUCCACUAUGGGAGUUGGUUUAUGUUGGAUUAAGUUGUACUGAGUGUGUAGGAAGCAACUGCAGAUGCUGGUUUAAACCAAGAUAGACACUAAAAGCUGAAGUAACUCAGUGGGACAGACAGCAUCUCUGGAGAGAUGGAAUUCCCGUCUGACCUGCUGAGUUACUACAACUUUUUAUAUCUAUCUUAAGUUGGAAUGAAUUGAGUUGCCCUGGGUUGAGUGGAAUGGAUUGGAUUAUGAGGUUAGGUUUAAUUGGGAUGGAUGUUCAUAAGAUCAUAAGUGAUAUGAGUUGAACUAGGCCAUUCAUGGCUGAUCUAUCACUCCCUCCAAACCCCAUUCUCCUGCGUUAUCCCCAU